AUGUUCAUCUACCUCAGCAAGAAGAUCGCCAUCCCCAAUAAUGUUAAAUUGAAAUGUAUUUCCUGGAAUAAGGAUCAAGGAUUCAUAGCUUGUGGUGGAGAAGAUGGACUUCUGAAAGUCUUAAAAUUAGAAACACAAACAGAUGACUCCAAACUCAGGGGCCUGGCAGCUCCCAGCAACCUUUCCAUGAACCAGACUCUGGAAGGCCACAGUGGGUCCGUCCAAGUCGUCACCUGGAACGAGCAGUACCAGAAGCUAACGACCAGUGACCAAAAUGGACUCAUCAUCGUGUGGAUGCUGUACAAAGGCUCCUGGUACGAGGAGAUGAUCAACAACAGGAACAAGUCCGUCGUUCGGAGUAUGAGCUGGAACGCAGACGGGCAGAAGAUCUGCAUCGUGUACGAAGAUGGUGCCGUGAUCGUCGGCUCCGUGGACGGAAAUCGUAUCUGGGGCAAAGACCUGAAGGGCAUCCAGCUGUGCCAUGUGGCGUGGUCCUCUGACAGCAAAACUCUGCUCUUUGGCAUGGCCAAUGGGGAGAUCCACAUCUAUGACAAUCAGGGCAACUUCAUUAUGAAGAUGAAACUCAACUGUUUGGUGAAUGUAACCGGAGCCAUCAGCAUUGCUGGGAUCCACUGGUACCAUGGCACAGAGGGCUACGUGGAGCCCGACUGCCCUUGCCUUGCCAUCUGCUUUGACAAUGGAAGAUGCCAGAUAAUGAGACAGGAGAGCGACCAAAACCCUGUUUUGAUUGAUACCGGCAUGAAUGUUGUCAGUAUCCAGUGGAAUCACACCGGGAGUGUCUUGGCUGUGGCCGGCUCCCAGAAGGCCAUCUCUCAGGACAAAGACAUCAACAUGGUGCAGUUCUAUACUCCAUUUGGAGAGCAUUUGCGAACAUUGAAGGUUCCUGGAAAGCAGAUGUCUGCACUGUCUUGGGAAGGAGGUGGAUUAAAGAUUGGUCUUGCUGUUGAUUCUUUUAUCUAUUUUGCAAAUAUCAGACCUGAUUACAAGUGGGGCUUUUGUUCCAACACGGUGGUUUAUGCGUACACCAGGCCGGAUCGCCCCGAGUACUGUGUGGUUUUUUGGGAUACAAAGAACAAUGAGAAAUACGUGAAAUACGUAAAAAGCCUGAUGUCCAUCACGACCUGUGGUGACUUCUGCAUUUUGGCAACUAAGUCUGAUGAAAAUCAACCCCAGUUUGUGUUGGUUCUUUGCAACUCGAUCGGCACUCCCUUGGAUCCCAAAUACAUUGAAAUUGUGCCGUUAUUUGUCACCAUGACCAAAACGCACGUGAUCGCCGCUUCCAAAGAAGCUUUCUACACGUGGCAGUACCGCGUGGCCAAGAAGCUGACGGCCCUGGAAAUCAACCAGGUGGCGAGGUCCAGAAAAGAAGGGCGAGAAAGGAUCUACCACGUUGAUGAUGCUCCUUCAGGAGCCGUCGAUGGAGCUCUGGACUACAGCAAGGCCUCGCAGGGCACCGAGGAUCCCAUUUGUGCUAUAACCGCGUCGGAUAAGACACUGAUUGUGGGUCGUGAAUCUGGCACCAUUCAGAGAUACAGUCUACCCAACGUUGGUUUGAUUCAAAAAUACUCCCUUCUGUCUCGAGCUUACCAGUUGUCUUUGAAUUGCAACUCCAGCCGUCUCGCCAUCAUCGAUAUUUCUGGUGUUCUUACUUUCUUUGACCUGGACGCUCGAGUGACAGAUAGCACGGGGCAGCAGUUGAUAGGCGAGCAAUUGAAACUGGAGCGCAAAGAUGUCUGGGAUAUGAAAUGGGCCAAAGAUAAUCCGGAUUUGUUUGCAAUGAUGGAAAAAACAAGAAUGUAUGUUUUCAGAAACUUGGAUCCUGAGGAACCCAUUCAGACUUCUGGAUAUAUUUGCAACUUUGAAGAUUUGGAAAUUAAGUCCGUUCUCUUGGAUGAUAUAUUGAAGAAUCCUGAUCACCCCAACAAGGAUUACAUCAUUAACUUUGAGAUCCGGUCCCUACGAGACAGUCGAGCGCUGAUAGAGAAGGUCGGCAUUGAGGACGCUUCCCAGUUCAUUGAGGACAAUCCCCACCCCCGGCUUUGGCGCCUACUGGCCGAGGCCGCCCUGCAAAAGCUGGACCUGCAGAUGGCCGAGCAGGCCUUCGUGCGCUGCAAAGACUACCAGGGCAUCAAGUUCGUGAAGCGGCUCGGGAACCUGCAGAGCGAGGCCAUGAAGCAGUGCGAGGUGGCCGCCUACUUCGGCCGCUUCGAGGAGGCCGAGAGGAUGUACCUGGACAUGGACAGGAGGGACCUGGCCAUCGGCCUUCGGCUGAAAUUGGGAGAUUGGUUCCGAGUCCUGCAGUUACUGAAGACGGGGUCCGGCGACGCUGAUGACAGCCUCCUCGAACAAGCCCACAAUGCCAUCGGAGACUACUUUGCUGAUCGACAAAAAUGGUUGAACGCUGUCCAGUACUAUGUGCAAGGUCGGAACCAGGAGCGCUUGGCCGAGUGUUACUACAUGUUGGAAGACUAUGAGGGUCUCGAGAACCUGGCCAACUCCCUGCCGGAGAACAACAAGCUGCUUCCUGAGAUUGCCCAGAUGUUUGUGAGGGUCGGGAUGUGUGAGCAGGCUGUGACCGCCUUUUUGAAGUGUAACCAACCCAAAGCAGCUGUGGAUACCUGUGUGCACCUGAACCAGUGGAACAAAGCUGUUGAGCUGGCUAAAAAUCAUAACAUGAAGGAAAUCGGGUCCUUGCUGGCUCGGUACGCGUCUCAUCUGCUGGAAAAGAACAAGACUCUGGACGCCAUAGAACUCUACCGGAAAGCCAAUUACUUCUUCGAUGCAGCUAAACUCAUGUUCAAGAUUGCAGAUGAAGAGGCCAAGAAAAGGACCAAGCCUUUACGGGUUAAGAAGCUCUACGUGCUUUCGGCUCUUCUCAUAGAGCAGUACCAUGAGCAGAUGAAGAAUGCCCAGAGGGGAAAGGUUAAAGGGAAGAGUUCGGAGGCCACCUCCGCCUUAGCCGGCUUGCUGGAGGAGGAGGUUCUGUCUUCGGCUAAUCGGUUCACGGACAACGCCUGGAGAGGGGCCGAAGCUUACCACUUCUUCAUCCUCGCGCAGAGACAGCUGUACGAGGGCUAUGUUGACACGGCUCUGAAAACAGCUCUCCACCUGCGGGACUACGAGGACAUCAUCCCGGCCGUGGAGAUCUACUCGCUGCUGGCUCUGUGUGGCUGUGCCAGCCGGGCCUUUGGGACCUGCUCCAAAGCCUUCAUUAAGCUGGAGUCCCUGGAGACGCUGACUACGGAGCAGAAGCAGCAGUACGAGGACCUGGCUCUGGAGAUCUUCACCAAGCACACGCCGAAGGAUAACCGCAAGUCGGAGCUGGACAGUCUCCUGGAGGGUGGGGAAGGGAAGCUCCCGACGUGUGUGGCGACAGGAAGCCCCAUCAUGGAGUACCAGUUCUGGAUGUGUAACGUGUGCAAACACUGCGUCCUGGCCCAGGAGAUCAGCAACUAUAACUUCUGCCCCUUGUGCCACAGCUCGGUGGGGUAGCAGCUGGUGCAGGGGUCGGGGGCCCCCAGGGGCCCAGUCCUGAGCCGCGAGUGUGAACAAGAGGAGAUGCCCUCUCUCUCUGGGCCCAGGUGUCUGUUCUGUUUUGGGAAAACAACAAGGGAAGAAGCAUCCAGCCUCUAUUGGAUGAGGACGUGCUUGAAAUGCGGAGUCCAAAUGCAGCUCCACUUGUGUCUGAACGAUUCUGGGACCUCUAGGACUUAAGAUUUUCUUUCCUGAUCUGGCUCAAUGUCUGUCUUUCAUCACCGUGAGGCAGCGAUGUCCCCCCAGAAGGGCUGGGUGCCUUCUCUGUUCUCCAGCCUCGUCCUUGGAGACUGUGUGCUCUGGACGGCCUCUGGAUUCCAGAACAAAGGGGCCGACUGGGGAGGUCAGGAGUUACCCAGCUCUGUUCUAAGAUCAGAGAUCUUGCAUUUUUAUACAGCAGUUCCU